UGACGCUGGUCUGAGGGAAAAAAUGGCUGCUUCGGCGGCAACAGCGAGUUCUUCCCCGGGUUUGUGUCCAAAUUACGCCGUGAUUUGCUCGUUUCUGGAGCGGUACGGAGGCUUGCUGGACUUACCGGAGCUCACUUUCCCUCAGCUGGAGAGAUACCUGCAGGACACAUCAUCAGUUCCAAAGCUGCUGGUUGAUCUUCACGUCAAGCUGCUGAGGAAGAUUGGCAAGUCGGUGACUGCAGACAGAUGGGAGAAGUACCUGGCCAAGAUAUGUCAGGAGGUCAACACAACCUGGGCGUGGGAGCUCGAGGAGAAGGGAUACAAAGAGCUGACCAUGGAGUGCAAGACGGGGAUACUUAAAUAUUUGUGUGAGUGUCAGUUUGAUGACAACGUGAAGUUCAAAACCGCCAUCAAUGACGAGGACCCCGAUAAAAUGCGCCUUCAGCCAAUUGGCCGGGACAAGGACGGGCAGAUGUACUGGUUCCAGCUGGACCAAGACGACAACGUGAGGGUUUACGUGGAGGAGCAGGACGACCUGGACGGGGCGUCGUGGAAGUGCAUCGUCAGAAAUAGAAAUGAUUUGGCUGAAGUCGUUGCCUUGCUGAAGACACACAUUGAUCCCGAGCUGCUGAAAAGAGACGAGGAGCAGAAAAACAAACUUAAAGCUGAAGAAGAUGGAGAAAAAACAGAAAGUAAAGAGGACGUCAAAAAGGCAGAGGACACGUCUGAUGAAGGGAAGGACUCGGGCGAGGCUGUUUGUCCAGAAAAAGACGAAGCAACUCAAAAGGACAAACUGAAGUCAGAAAGCCCCGACACCAAAGUGUCGCUGAACGGCGUCGUUGAAGGCAAACCUGAGGCGGAACUUGACUCGGAAAACGUCGGCGCCAAAGCUCAGAACAUCAAAAAGGAGCCAGCGGAGAUGGCGUACAUCAAACCGGCACUCAGCGACCUGGCUUCGUCCCACGAGACGAGCGUUUCCAUCAAGGCCGAAAAGGGAGAAGAGGCCGCAAAGAACCGUUCAGAGGAGAUCCAACAGGCCAUGAAAAACGACCAGCAGGCCAAAGUCCCCUUGAAAAAACGAGGGAAGAAGUUUAGCGAGGACUUUGAAAAAAACAGGUCCAUAACUCCACAAAUUCCAUCACUUCCUAUCCCGAAGGAGGCUUCUGAGAUCGAAACAACUCCCGAACAAUCACAGAAAAUCCAGAGAGUAAACGAUCAAGUUAAUGGUGAAGUUCAGCCUCCCUCAGAGCGAGAGCCGCUGAAAGAAUCUGCUGCUGACAAAGAGCAGACGGAUAAAUCCACAGUGAACGCUCUCCCAGCCGCGGACAAAGAUGGACUGCAAGACAAGGAUGAGGCGUAUCGGGUAGAGAUUAUAAAGGAAGCCAAAUUACAGCAAAGUGACUCAAAAACAGCAGAAAAUGUGUUAGACGAGACAGAAACGGAAAAGAGAGACGCUCACAAAAAAUCACAACCAUCAAAAGAUACGAUAGCUGUGUGUAAGGACUUAAAUAAUGGAGUAGAGAUGCCGUCUAAUCAGGAAAAUCUUGAGAAAAUGAAAGACUCCAAAUCAGCAGACGAAGUCUCGUCUACAGAGAACAAGUCAAACUUUUUAAAAGAAGGCGACAAGUUGGACAACUCAAAGUCAAAUCAUGAAAUCAAAUCCAAAGAAGCUGAGUCAGCGGGAAACUCUGACACACACGAAUCUAACCGGACUGAGGGAUCAACUGAAACUGUUGCAUCUGAAAGUAACGCUGACAAAUCAGAUCCGUCUGCACUGGAAGAGAAAUCAGAGUCCGUUAGAACUGAGACCCGGUCUGCAGACAAAGAUCCUCCAGAGAAACCCGUAGAAUCCGAAUCAACGGGURUCACAAAAAUAUCAGACGAGAAAUCAGAAGAAACGGUCGACACAAAGGAGAGCGUGGAGACUCCUGCUCUCGUAGAAGAAUCAGAAUCAUGUAAACCUUCAGAGAAGGGUGACAACGUCGAAGAAACGAUUCCCGAUCAGCUGUGUGAGAAAAAGACAGAAAAUCCAGAAGACGCGAAGAAAAUCGCCAAAUGCGACGGUAACACGACUCGCAACAUGACCGCGAGAAGUGACGCCGAGACCGGACGGAUCACAGAAGAGACGCCGGACGUUAAAUCUGAUCCGACAAAACCACACGAGGAAACAAAAACAGAGGUUGAGUCUGUCGUUAGCAAAGCGACAGACGACGGCAGCGAACAGAGAGAGAAACCAUCAAAGACUGGUGAAGAAAGGGAUGGAACGUCUCAAAAACAAGACGAGGAGGAGAAAGAGCCUGAGAAAGACUCGGAGAUCACCAGGACAGAGAGUCCGUCUUCAGAAAGUAUGAAGGAUACUGUUAAGGACAAUAAACUUUCAAACAAAGAAAAAGAUGGUUUUUCAACAGAUGAGGUCUUAAAAUGUGACGCGAAGGAGGAGGAAAAAGCUCAAAAUAAAACUUCAACAGACAAGGAAUCUGAGCCCCGAAAGACGAGCAAAGACCCUGAUACUGAACCUGUAGAGGUAACCAACAAGCAGCCAAGCAGAGAAGAAUCCACCGACGCCUCCACAGACAAGGACAGCAAAACCAAAACAAGAAAGGCUGAGAACGGCGGCAAGGGUCGGAGAAGAAACAGGCCUCUGGCGCAUCGAAGGAAAGCCCAGCUUCAGAGGGAGGAGCGUCAGGGAGACUCGGAGUCGGACACGAACACCGGGAUGUGUCUGCGAAGAUCUCCCAGGAUCUCUAAACCCACCCAGAAGGUGGUGGAGAUUCAGGACAGAAAGGUGGAGAAGACGCCUCAGAAACAGGAAAACGACAAAGACGAGAAGGUGAAAGAGGAAGGGGAGGAGGAAGAGGAAGAGGAGGAGGAAGAGACUGACUUCAAGACUGUUCAAAGGAAACCCAAAGAGAAAAAAGCUGAUCCGGAGAGUCAGCCCAAACCCAAGGGAAGAAAGAGGCGGAGGACUUGCUGGUCCAACACGCGAACGCGCCGGAAAAGGAAGAACUCCGAAGACGAGGACGAGAACAGCGACGAGUCGUCCACCGAGGAGGAGGAGAGCGAGGAAGAGGACGACAGCGACGAGGACUACAAGGUCGAGCGAAGCAGAAAGAGACGAAACCGGAGGAGAGAAAGACGAAGCUCGGACUCAUCCACGUCCUCGGAUGAUGAUCUACCUCCAAACGACGACCCCUGCAAACACUGUGGUCUUCCAAAUCACCCGGAGCUGAUCUUACUGUGCGACUCGUGUGACAGCGGUUACCACACAGCUUGUCUCAGACCUCCUCUCAUGAUCAUUCCCGACGGAGAAUGGUUCUGCCCGCCCUGUCAGCAUAAACAACUCUGCGACAAACUGGAGGAGCAGCUCCAAAACCUCGACGCUGCCUUGAAAAAGAAAGAACGGGCUGAGAGACGGAAAGAACGUCUGAUUUAUGUAGGAAUCAGCGUGGAGAACAUCAUCACGCCGUCAGUGGAGGUGGAGGAAGAGGAGGAAAAGCCUGAGAUCAUCAUCAAAGAGAAGAAAGAAGCAAAGCGCAGUAAGAGCUGGGGUCGAAGGUCGACGAGGGCGAAGAAGACCAUCAGCUACAGAUUUGAUGAAUUCGACGAGGCAAUCGAGGAGGCCAUCGAGGAGGACAUCAAAGAAGCAGAAGGAGGAGGAGCUGGCCGAGGUAAAGACAUGGCCAACAUCACAGGUCACAGAGGUAAGGACAUAUCCACCAUCCUCCAAUCAGAGGAGGGGAAAGAGAACGGCCGGCCGCCCCGACCCAGCGCCGGGCAGCGCAGGAAGAAGCGGCGGCGGCUCAACGACCUGGACAGCGACAGCACCGUGGACGAGGAGGAGAGCGAGGAGGAGUUUCGCCUCAGCGAAAGCUCGGAGGAGGAGUUCGUCGCGUCGGACAACGAGUCGGAACAAGAAACGGAGCAGAACUCCAACGACAGCGACUUUGGCAGCAACAACAGCGGCAGGCAUCGCUCUUCCUGGAGGAACAGGAGGCCGCAGAAACGUAGGCAGAGCUCCAGGAAGAGGCGGAGACCCAGGUGGUACUCUGAUGAGGAGGAGGAGACGGAUGACGACGUGGAAGAGGAUGACAUAGUGACUGAAGGCUCGAGCGAUUACAGCGACAGUGAUCUGGACAUGAGUCGGCGGCGGUCUCGGCGGAGCCACAAGAAGGAGGUGAACUACUGCGAGACGUCAGAGUCUGAAGGCUCUCAGGCAGAAACCAACCGGGCCAAAAUCAAACCCAGACGGCGUCAGGAGAGCUCCGACAGUGACGCGAGUUUCUCUCGAGACUCUGAAGAGGACUCCAGGGACCGGAGGGAAAAGAGGAGAGCCGACUCCUCGGAUGAAGAAUCCCGUCACCGGCGCAGACGACUAGCACUAAAACGCAGGCGAGCCUCCGAACAGGACGACUCGGACUCGGACUCAGACUCAUCCUCGGAGGAGGAUCGGCCCAUCCGCAAGCGGGUGAACCGCAUCGACUCUGACGACUCUGAAGAGGAGGAGGAAGAGAAACCGAAGGAGAAGAAACCAGCGGAGGAGGAGGAGUCUAAGGGAACGAACCCGAUGGACCGUGGUCAGGUUGAGUCACAGCCCACAAACGGACAGAGCGCAAAGAGCCUAGAGGGCUUCGCCAGCGACCCCGCUCCCGCCGCGCCAGGCCAAACCCCGACCCAGGAGUCCCCCAAAACCAUCAGUUCUACACCAGCUCCUGCCGUAGCACCAAACGGUCUGGUUGGCCAGGAAAUAUCGGUACAGGAAGACGACGAAGAUGACCUGUUAGGAGUCACAGACCUCGUGGACUACGUCUGCAAUAACGAACAAUUGUAAAAACAAAGUAACUGUGUACUGUUUCCUUUUUGUGGUAUUGUAUUUUUAUAUUGCUUAACUUUAUUAUUCCCUCCCUCCGCCAACACUUCUUGUUUUUUUGUUUUGGAGCUUGAUUCUGGAURGAUCCCAGCCUCCAGCUGGACGCUGUUCCUGUGGGACUCAACAUAUCAUUUCCUGUCUGACCGGCAACAAUCCCCUCACACAGUCCAGCUCCACUGCCAAACCUUCAUUUAAAUGUGUCGCCACUUCACUUCUCAUCCAUGUGUUUUAUUUUUGUUCUUUUAAUCUGAGAUCGUUUGCUUAAGCACUAACAUACUCGUGGAAAUUCAACACUGAAAUCUUUAAUAUUUCUGAGCUGGUUUUGAAUCUGGUUGAAUCUUCAAACAUCAUUCCACAAUUCUAAGUUCAAAGAAUCUGUUGAAGGAAAGAAAACUUGGAGCUUCAGCUGGUUUGGUUAUUGUCCACACCCAGCGACUCUCGAUUAGCAGCUUCUUUUACAACAUUUAAGACGUCCUAGAAGGAAUAACUUUUGCACUGUGAUCUUUUUUUUAACUGUUGAGUGUCGCUAUCUUCAAUUAAUGAAUUCAUCCCACAAAGAGAGAGUUUGGAAGAAAAAUAAAUCUUUGGGCAACUUGGUAAAUAAUUAAUUUUUAUAAAGUUUAGAAGGAUAAUUCAAAACAUCUGUGUUACCUAAUGAGGUCCAAAUUAAAAAGGUUUAACCAGACAGAUUUUAUUUUUUAUUUAAUUUGUAGGAUGUUUUUAACACAUCUUUAGUUCUAUAUCCCAUAUUUGAUAAGCUAACCUUUUAACAAACCCCAGCUGGGAACCUGCUGGUGUUGUAGAUGAAAACGUUACCCUGACUUUUCCACCAUCCAUGUUCCAUCAGUAUAUUUAACCUUUAUUGUUUGAAUAUUAAGUGACCAACCUGUAUUUUUUACACCCAGAACUUUUAUAUUGAAUACUCAUUCAAGGAUUUUUUUAUAUAUAUAUAUGGUAUAUUCAUGUCUAAUUAUCUGAACAGCACCACCGAUGAACUCUGUUGUUUUAAAGGAAACAAAAUCAAAAAGAAAACUUUCAUCGUCCCUGAAGUCUCAGAUUUAGUCUAGUGUUGUCCCAAACAUUUAUUUUUGUUUUUGUAAUGUAUUUUUUGUACAUCUAAACCUUUUGUUUGCUUCUUUGAGCAAGACUUUACAGUGUCUUAUUUUCUUUGUACAUUGUUUUCAUCCUGUUAGUUUUAAAAUCCUGCAGACUUUGAUCAACGAAACGCUCAGUUCUAAAAAAAAUGCCUUUUUAAAUACACCUCCCAAUGUUUCUGCUCAUCUUUAUUCAUGUCUUUUUAAUUUUUCAGCAUCAAGAUCAUGAAAAUUUAAGUGUAUUAAGACGUUUAGGAGAUUCAUGUUGCAGUUAUGAGGAGGUGAACGGACAUUAAAAGCAAAACCAAUGACCUCUGUUGGAACCAGUCUGUGUGUAUAUCUGUAGUUUUUGCUGUAAUAUAUUUAGAGGCAUUUUGUAAUCAUGGGAGGGAAAUAUAUUGGGCAUUUCUCUGGGAUUGCAUGGGUUUAUUAGUUUUUCUUCUGUAGGGACAUGUUGGCAUAACUUUUUUUUUUUUUUUACAAAAUCUGAAAAAGAACUUGACAUGUUUUUAAACGGUGACAUCAGAGGAGGUUGUGAUGUAGACGUCACAGGAUAUCUCAUCAUUUGCAGUGAAACUGCAUCGAUUAAAGCAUGACCAAGAAAAGGCAUGUCACAGGAGCUGUGGUUUGAGAGGGGACUAGAAGCCCGUUUGUAAAAUAUUUUGUAAAUUACUCUCAGCAUGGUCUACAGAAAGGAUAAAGCACUCUGUUUACCCUAGUUUUGAUAUGAGCCACGGCCAAAACAGGACACACCUGCUGCUUGCAGUUCACACAAACUCCACAAUAUUUAGCUUUUAGGUGGACAGAAUAUUGUAAAGCCCAUUUUAAAGAGUGAAAUGGAGCUGUGUGUCCUGGUGGGUUGAGUCAGAGUAAAGACGCCCUGUUCAUGAUCUCCGCAGAGAUCAGGAUGUAUUUCUUGGUUAUGAAAUAACCAGCAGAGAAAGAGAAAUGGAGGAAAGUUGAGGUUCUGGUUGUGUUUGGUGCCAAUGACUGAAGUGUUAAAAGUUUCCUUUUUACCUCAUGAUGAACUUGGAAGGAAAGAAACCCUGUCCACUGUGUAUAGAUCCUAGUAGACUGUGUUUUGUCUUCUUCAUACCUUUUAUUUACUGUUAUUUCUUAUGGAUUGGAUCUUGUACAUUUGUUAUAAUAAACUGGGGUUUAAGCCUU